AUGGCCGAGAAGCGAGAGAAGCAAGAACGCCCUGAGGAGGGCGGAACCUCAACCCCCUCCUCGGUCGAUAGCAGCCGCGCCGUCAAUGAGAAGCCACAAACUCAAGGCGGUUUCUUGGGUUUCUUUUCGCGGCUUGGCGACCUGCCAGAGUGGAAAUGGCGCGGGAAACACCUCGAAGGCACGGCUUUGAACUGGUGUAUAGGUUUUAUCGCUUCUACCGGUUUUCUCAUGUUUGGAUACGACCAAGGCGUAUUAUCCAGUUUGUUGACGCUCGAUGACUUCCAGAAGAGCCUGGUGUUGAUGACGCCGCUGGAACAAUCCAACCCGCUUUGCUGGCUCGACUACCCCGAGAACACUCAGCGCGACUACAGCCAGUGCACCGGUGACCCCAACACGCAAGCCGCCGCUGUGGCCGUCUAUCAAAUCGGAUGCUUCCUGGGUGCAGUUCUGAUCUUGUUCUACGGAGAAACAUGGGGCCGCAAGUCAUCAACCUUCUGGGGCAGCGCCAUUAUGAUUCUCGGAACCAUCAUGCAAGCCGGUGCUCAUGAGUACGGCCUUUUCAGUGCUGGAAGAAUCGUCGGAGGUGUGGGAAAUGGCAUGGUUACCUCCACUAUUCCCACGUGGCAGUCCGAGUGUGCGCGGCCUCAUCAGAGAGGAUUCCUCAUCACAUUGUCAGGGGCUCUAAUUUCAGGAGGCAUCAUGAUUGCCUAUUGGAUUGACUACGGUUUUUACUUUUUGGAAGGCACGAUUCGUUGGCGAUUCCCUGUGGCAUUUCAAUCUUUCUUCACUAUCAUCGUCAUGAUCGGUCUCCUAUAUCUCCCUGAUUCUCCUCGCUGGCUUGCCAUGAAGGGCCGCGUCGAUGAGGCCCGCGACGUAACGGCGCGUCUUCUCGGCAAGCCCGUCGACCAUGAAGAUGUCAUGACCGAAGUGAAGGCUAUCCAAGAAGCACUUGAAGUUCAGAGCCAGGGCGGUGGCUUCAAGUACAAGGAGCUUCUGACGAACGGUCCUUCUCAGAACUUGCGCCGCACACUUCUCGGAGUUGCUGCCCAGUUCUUCCAACAGAUCUGCGGAAUCAACCUGAUCACGUACUAUGCCGGUUUCUUGUUCGAGAACUCGCUGGGCUUUGGACCCGAACUGUCUCGACUUCUCGCUGCUGCGAACGGCACCGAAUACUUCCUGGCUUCGCUCGUUGCGUUACCCCUUAUCGAGAAGACGGGUCGUCGUAAGCUCAUGCUUUUCGGUGCUUUCGGCAUGAUGGCCUCGAUGGCAAUCUUGGCGGGUACGGUUUCCACUGGCACUGUGGCCGAGAAUGGUGCUCCCAACCUCGAGACACGAUAUGGAGUGACUGCGACCGUCUUCCUUUUCGUAUUCAAUUCUUUCUUCGCCAUCGGAUGGCUCGGCAUGACCUGGCUCUACCCGGCCGAGAUCACCAACUUGCGCAUCCGAAUCCAAGCCAACGCCCUUUCCACGUGCUCCAACUGGCUUUCCAACUUCUUGAUCGUCAUGAUCACCCCUCCUGCCUUCGCCAACCUGGGCUACCAGACUUAUGUCAUGUUCGCUGUCUUCAACGCAGCCAUCAUCCCUUGUGUCUGGUUGUGGUUCCCUGAGCCGAAGGGGCGAAGCCUUGAGGAGCUGGAUGUCAUUUUCGCCAGCGCUCACGCUGAUGGCGUCAAUCCUGUGAAGCGAGCCAAGGAGAUGAGACACAUUGAUGGCUCUGAACUUGAGAGUGAACUUGACAAGUACUUUGGUGCUACCGAGCAGAUUGAGGACGCUCGCCCGAUGACCCGACCGAUGACGGGUCACAGCCAGCACGGCAGACACUGA